AUGGUCCCCUUGACACCUUAUUGCCAUGAGCUGGCCUCACCAGGCAUCUUCCAAACCGUUCUCUCCGUUCUAAUCAUCUUCGGCAUCCUGGUAUCAUAUCUCCCACAACACAUCCGAAUAAUCACCCGCCGAAGCUCCUUCGGAAUAUCCCCAUAUUUCGUCCUCCUCGGCGUCACAUCAGGCACCUCGGCCUUUGCAAACAUCCUCGUCUUCCCAUCCACCGCCCAAGAUGUAGCCUGCUGCCAGGAGAUCAGUGGAAUAGCAUGCUUCGCAGGCCUACUCGGCAUCGUCCAAAUGGCCACGCAGUGGCUCUGUUUCUUUUCAAUCCUCUUAUUAUUCGUAAUCUAUUUCCCACGAGCAACCUCCCCAACAGACCCCAUCAGCGCUGUCUCCACAUCAUCCAGCGCACCUACAUACCGCACCGCCCUAGUCGUGACAGGAAUCUGCCUACUACACGCCCUGGCAACAAUCAUCAUCUCGAUUGCAUUCGAGCUCCGCCAGCCAGCCGCUAUACCAGCCUGGGCAAACUUCCUCGGCAUCCUAUCUGCCAUUCUCGCCUCCAUCCAAUACCUCCCUCAGAUCUAUACUACGUUCCGACUCCAAUGCGUCGGCAGCUUGAGUAUUCCCAUGAUGUGCAUCCAAACACCAGGGAGUCUCGUCUGGGCCGCGAGUUUGGCAGCGCGGAAGGGGUGGAGUGGGUGGAGUAUCUGGGGAGUAUUGGUUGUCACAGCCUGUUUGCAGGGGACGUUGUUGACGAUGGCGAUCUACUUUGAGUACUUUGGGCCUAAUAAUAAAGGCGAGGCUGGGCGUGCUGAUCUGGAUGCUCCGAAUGGGUCUGGUAUUGAAGGGACCGGGACCGGGACACAUCCCCAGCCAUUGCCUGAUCGACCCUCUGAGGAAACACCGUUGCUUCAGAGCCAGUGA